CCUAUUAGAUAAGGAGGCAGACCAAAUCAUGCGAUGACCCGCAAGGUUAUCUGAGGAAUUUGAGAGGAUCCCUGCGCAAUGCGCCGAAGCUCCAGUUGCGUUUCAUUACGACUUGAUAUAUUCUUUGCACAAGACACAGAACGGAGAAGAAGAGCCGCGCACAGCUUUCCACAUGCACGCGUACAGUAUCACGAUCAGAUGACACUAACACGUGUUGUCAUAUCUCGCUGGCUCCAGGCCAAAAUUAAUCCAGGAUUACACUUUAACACAGAGAGAACUCAAUGACUAAUAAAAGCAGCUGACGGAGACUUGCAUUGCAGAAGACUUUUGAGAAAAGACAAUCAACAGAAGAGAAAAGGAAACUGAAGACACAGGCGAGACCCGAAACAAACUCAGAAUGAUGAUGUCUAAAGGAGCGUUUGUGUUUGUGUUACUGGGCGCGUUAACAGCGUAUUACGUUUAUUCACCAAUCCCGAAUAACAUAGAGGAGAGAUGGAAACUAAUGCUCGCAGACUCUUUCUUCAGAAGUUUAAGCCAGUUGGCAGAACUGAGUGAGCGGAUGGGACUAUUGAACUACAUGAAAGUUAUGAUGUUCAUCACCAUUGCAGAGCGAGUAGUGCCUGUGUCAGAUGACAGGGUGAAGGUGUCCGAUGAUAAUUUUGAUGGGGUAGAGGUGAUUGUGUACCAGCCAACCCAACAAGAAGAAACAGGGGAGCUAAGAAGGGCCAUCAUUUACCUGCAUGGAGGAGGAUGGUGUCUUGGCAGCUCCCGUAUGGGCCCAUAUGAUCUACUAGCCAGACACAUGGUUACAGAGCUCAACGCAGUUAUUGUAUCUGUAGAGUAUCGUCUUGCCCCAGCUUAUCAUUUUCCUGCCCAGUUUGAGGAUGUGUACCGUGUGGUGAAGUUCAUCUUUCGUGUUGAUGUUCUGAAGGGAUACCAUAUCAAUCCAGAACGGAUUGCUGUGUCAGGAGACAGUGCAGGAGGCAACCUUGCAGCUGCUGUGGCUCAGCAGUUGCAGAAGGACCCAGAACAGCAUAUCCAGCUAAAAGCCCAAGCUCUACUCUACCCUGUCCUGCAAGCCUUGGAUCUGAACACUCCCUCAUACCAGCAGAACCAGCACAUGCCUAUACUGCCCCGCACACUGAUGGUGAGGUUUUGGAGUGAGUACUUCACCAGCGACAAGUCGUUUUUGAGAGCCAUGAUGGCAAACAGACACAAUAACCAUGAAUCAGCUGCUUUGCUUAAGUUUGUCAAUUGGAGUUCAUAUUUACCCGAUUCAUACCGUCGGACAUACAACUACAGUGCUCCACCUGUGGUCACCGGAAAAAGUUCAGUGCACUCUGUUGGUCUUCAUCACUUGCUUGCAGAUCCACGAGCCUCGCCAUUGCUGGUGCCUGACACAGCUUUGCGUUUACUGCCGAAGGCUUAUGUGUUGACCUGUGAGUAUGAUGUACUGCGAGAUGACGGCUUGAUGUAUGUCACACGUUUGCGGAAUGCUGGAGUUGAUGUCACUCAUGAACAUUACCCUGGUGGAUUUCAUGGUGCACUGAUGUUCACAACGUGGCCCACAGACUUUGAUAUUGGACACAGAAUGAUGGAGAACUUUGUAUUAUGGCUUAAGCAAAAUCUAUAAAAUCAAUGUAGAAUGCAACAGUGCUUUGUGCAUCAGUUUUGGCUGACUGGUCCAUAUAAGUUUUGUCUUAUUUAUUUCAUUUGUUUUGUUUUUCCUGUUGUUUACAGUGUACCACUUUUAUCUUUAAAAGGGCACACUUUUGAUUGUAUUAAUCCAAAAUGGUACAAACAUUCCUAUUAUGACCAAACUCGGUCUUAAGAAACACUGGUCUGAAUUAUUUUCUAAUCCGUUAACUAUGUAUAUGUUACUAAUUAAGUUGUUCAGCAAGUUAAUAUGACAUUAAUAGUGUUUUAUUUUAUUUAUUUAUUUUAUUUUACGAUUAUUUUUAUUUCAGCCUAUUACAAUUAUCACUGAUUGCUUGAUGUUUUGAAAGGUUUGGUUUGAUAUGCAGUAAACUGUUUGAUGAAAAUCCGGGUUCAUUGAAAUUUUAUCUUAAAUGGUGAGAUGAUAAGAUCAAAGGCUAUGUUCACACUGCAGGCUGAAACGACCCAAUUCCGUAUUUUUUUUUUUGCCCCUAUGCGACCUGUAUCUGAUCUUUUCAUGAUAGUCUGAACGACACAGAUCCGAUCUUUUCAAAUGUGACCCAGGCCACUUGGGUAUGUGGUCCUGAAUCCGAUACGUAUCCGAUCUUUUGAAAUGCGACCUCCGUCUGAAUGGCCAGGCCACAUGUAUCUGACCCGCACGUCAUUGAUACGCUACAAACUUCAUAAUUCUGCAUUGAAGUAGGCGGGAACGAGAAGAUAAACAACAACCAUGGCGGACGAUGCUGCUGAGACCAAUCAAUGGAAGGGAAGCGAGGUCACAGAUUUAAUUAAUAUUUGGGGUGACCGCUCUAUUCAGGCCAAACUCGAGGGCUCUCAUCGGAACCGGGCGGUUUACGAAAACAUUUCCAGCGAAAUGGCCGAGCGUGGUUACAGACGAUCCUGGCUCCAAUGCCAGCGAAAAAUAAAAAGCCUCCGAGCCAAAUACAAACAUCCGUGUUUAACGUUAACUACUUCCGCAAACAACGAGUGACGUCGUUCUCCGUUGAGUACUCUUCUGCGCAUGCGGGUCACUUCUGGGUCAUUUCACGUUUACACAGGAGAUCACAAAAGGUCUCAUUUAAUUGGAAAUGUGAA